UUCAUCCUUAAUGAUCAUCUGUUCAGCCACAACUUGGUAAUGAAGCACAUUCCUGGGGCAGAUCCUGAACUUGUCCUUCUCAACCACUACUAUAACGAGCUAGAUAGGAUCCCAUUAUCUGAAAUGACUCGCAUUGACAUAAACAACCUCUUGGCAAAGCUGGGCUUUUAUAAAAAAGAGCAUCCUGAAGACCAGGUGCCAGAAGAGUUCCGCUUCUCCCCAGCGAAAGACAGCCCCUUUGAGGGGCAGCAAAUCACCUCAUCGCCCCCUGAGACUGAUAUAACCGUAGAGCACCAAUCAGUGGAGGAUUCCAUUCACCAAGAUUUGUAACCGCUUGUAUAAGAGCGAUCGGGUUAAUUUACAAAUGUCAUUAGAACAGAGCCAGACGAGUCUCAAGAGUUUUAUCUUUUUGCUAAAUGUCAACAUGGCAAUGAACUGUUAUUUGGUUGUUUGCUCCCACUCUACGUUACCUUAUUUCUGCCCAAAGGGGACAUUAAUGAUGUCUACAGCUGUAAAACUUUGUGACUGGCUGCAGACUGAUGAAAUUUGUUCUCAAGGGCAAAAAUUAGGGCUCAAAAACAGGCUGUAGGAGCAUAAAGGGACCACUGAGAAAAUAAAAGUUUUAAAUAUGAGCACAGUGAUUGAGUGUUUUGAUUAUGUAAUUCAGAAUAAAAA